CGGGGCACCGCGAGCUGAAAGCAGGCCCCCUGUGCCACCAUGGCCUGGCUGCGAAUUUCCAGCACUGGCAUGGCUGUCCUCUUCAUGGUACAGACGGGCCUCCUGCUCUACCUGUACACGCACCACAACCAUCUGCUGCCCUCCCUUAAGGAGAAGCCGGCCCACGUCCACGUGCUGAUCCUGUCCUCGUGGCGCUCCGGCUCCUCCUUUGUGGGGCAGCUGUUCAGCCAGCACCCGGACGUCUUUUACCUGAUGGAACCAGCCUGGCACGUGUGGGUGACCCUCUCCCAGAGCAAUGCUGAGGUGCUGCACAUGGCUGUGCGGGACCUGGUGCGCUCCGUCUUCCUCUGUGACAUGAACGUCUUCAGUGCCUACCUGCCCUGGUACCGAACCCUGUCUGACCUCUUCCAGUGGGCCGUCAGUCGAGCCCUGUGCUCCCCGCCCGCCUGCAGCGCCUUCCGGAGAGAGGACAUCACUAGUGAGGCUGCCUGCAAGAGCCGGUGCGGGCAGCAGCCCUUCAGGGCCGUGGCGAAAGCCUGCCGCUCCUACAGCCACGUGGUGCUCAAGGAGGUGCGCUUCUUCAACCUGCAGGUUCUCUACCCGCUGCUGACCGACCCCUCCCUCAACCUGCACAUUAUCCACUUGGUCCGGGAUCCCCGAGCCGUGCUCAAGUCUCGCGAGCAGUCGGCCAAGGCCUUGGCGCGGGACAACGGCAUCGUGCUGGGCACCAACGGGACGUGGGUGGAAGCAGACCCCGGGCUGCGGGUAGUGCAGGAGGUGUGCCGCAGCCACGUGCGCAUCACCGAGGUGGCCAUGCAGAAGCCACCGCCCUUUCUGCAGGGCCGCUAUCGUCUGGUGCGCUUUGAGGACUUGGUGCGAAACCCGCUGGCCGAGAUCCAAAGCAUGUACGACUUCGCGGGGCUGCGCCUCACCCCGCAGCUGGAGGGCUGGAUCUAUAACAUUACGCACGGCCAGGGGCCUGGCCAGCUUAAAGAGGCCUUCAAGAUCACCUCUCGAGAUGCCCUCAACGUCUCCCAGGCCUGGCGCCAUGCUCUCCCCUUCCCAAAGAUCCACCGGGUACAAGAGCUGUGCGCGGGCGCCCUCCGGGUGCUGGGCUACCGGCCAGUUGACUCUGAGAAGGAACAGAAGGACCUCACAUUGGAUUUAGUGCUGCCCCAGGGAAGGAGCAAGUUCAGCUGGACCUCAUCUGCAUCUUCGUAUGCUCGAGAGAAGUAGGGCCCAAAGCCUGGCCACACUUCCUGGGCACUUGAGAAGCUUUUAUUUAUGGGCAUUGUAAGGCCAUCAGCUACCUGGAUCCUUCCCUACCUCCCCUAAGGGGAAGGAGGGGCUGUCUGGGAGAGAAGAGCUGGAUGAUCUCGACAGGGAAUGGGAAUUCCUCCACUAACUCAGAUUUGCUGAUGCUGGGAACAGUUUAAUGCAGAUAAUACCUGACUAUUUUAUAACUGAGUGGAUUUUUAAAAAUGUUCCAAAGCACCACUGAUAUUUUUCCCUCUUAGCUCUAAUUUUUCUUUGUCUCCUUUUCAGUUGACCAAACCUUUUAUUUCCUUUCCCCCAGCACCCAGCCCGUUCUCCUGAUUCCUUUUGAUCCUGGAGUACUACCUAUCCGCCCAUGGCAUCCUGGUAGAGAAAUUGAGUCAUAUUACGUAUUUUAAUUAUGAAUUUAACUUUGAUGAAUGAAAAAAUUGAACACAUAUUUGAAACCAUUUCAAUCAAGAACACAUUUCCAAAUAAAUAAUAAUAGUAAUUGGCAAUCAUAUAAAGCUUUAAGGUUUGUAAAGGGCUUAUCAUAUGUUAGUUCAUUCAAUCCCCAAAUCCUGGCAGGAAGGUGCUAUUAUCACCAUUUUACAGAUGAGGAAACUGAGGCUAUGAAAAGUUAAGUGGUUCUUUCACAGCCGUACAGUUAGUAAGUGUCAGAGACAGGAUUUGAACUCAGGUCUUCCCAGCUCCAAGUCCAGCUCUCUAUGCACUGCACUACCUAGCUGUCUCUAUGAAAGUAUUUAUUCAGUUAUUUCCUCUCUAUCCCCUCACCAUCUCUUCAUACAUUAGCAUAUGUCUCAAUGAAUAUAUUUUAUGUAGUCUUAAUGUGUGUGUUGUAUUUCUAGUUCUAACUUCUUCCCUUUCCAUUAUUUCAUGUUUUCUGAUAUUACUUUGUAUUCUUUUUUAUUUGUCAUUUUAAUGGCAUUAGAAUUAUCCUAUCUGUACUGUGGGGUAGUGGAUAGAUUGCUGGCCUUGGUGUCAGGAAGACCAAGGAUUGAUAAAAGCUGUGAGACCGGCUAGGUGGCCUAGAGUAGAUGGAGUUCCAAGCCUGGAGUCAGGAAAUACUCCUCUUUGUGAGUUCUAAUCUGGCCUCAGAAGCUUACUAGCUGUGUGACC